AUGCUGUCGUAUAGCAACUAUUUUGGACUUUUACAUCAUGUGCAUAAUUUUAUUCAAAUGUAUUAAUGUUUACGAGUGACGACGUCACAACUUUAUACACCUUUGUGCAUUAAUAUUGUUGGACUAUUGGAAAUAUUACUGUAUUUGUUCUUGUUCUGUUUCUUUUUCUGCGAAAGCAAUGAUUUCAUCCGUUGUGCUGUUUUCUCUUGUCGUUUUUGUUGAUUCAGUCUCUGGUCAGCAAUUCGAAUCUGGUACAGAAUUUUACAGAAGGCAGUUUACUAAUAUCACUAUUCCAUGGAUUUUUACUUACAAUGGCGGUUCAUUUAUUACAACAUGGAAAUAUAUGGGCACAAAUCCUGAAAUUGUAAUAUACCGUCUUACUGAUAAGGGUCUUCCCUUGAACGAUCCAAUUCCACGAAAUCAGUUUUCUGGUAGAGUCAAUUUUAUUGGAGACGUCAUAAGAACCGGAAGUAAAGAUGCAACAUUGUCUAUAAGAGAUUUUACUAAGCAAGAUGAAGGAGAUUUUGAAUGUUCAAUUCAAGGAGCUUUAUCAAUAGCCCAUAAAGUUACGAUCAUAGCAAUAGUUCUAUCGAACGUAACCGACUUUCGAGUUAUCAAUGUCGCGCAAAAUGAUGUGGUGCAAGGGACGGAAGUAACGCUUAGCUGUACUGCUACAGUUGGAAAACCAUCUUCAAAUAUUGAAUUAUUGAAAGGAACUAAUGUACUGAAUUCUAGUAUGACAAGUGCUACAAGUAGCAUGACCGUCUUUUACAAUUUUAAGAACAUUACAAAGGAGGAUAGUGGGGAGUAUAUUUGUGAAGUUAAAACAACAAAUGGUUAUGUAUCACGAAAAGUUUUGCAGUUAAGUGUCAAAUAUCCUCCAGAAAUUGCAAAGUCGGUGACGACAGAGCAGUUUGGCUGUUUAAAAACAUCUAUUUCACUUGGCUGUGAAGCCUCUGGAAAUCCGAAGCCUAAAAUACGUAUUACUGGUCCUAAUAAAGAAAGUCUGAAUAAUGAAUUUAUUCUUCAGAGAUUUGGAGUGUAUAUUUGUGAGGCCAAUAAUACACUAGGAAGUGAUAAGCGAAAUAUCUCUGUUUCCCUCGCGGAAGAUAAACCUGGGGAGCCUGUCUUCUCACAAUGUGCGUUUGAUAAACUCACAUGGUUACCUUCGAUAUCCAAGACCAGUGUAAAAUACACUUUGCAAGCAAAAGAGGUUUCUGGUAUCUGGUUCGAUAUUCUUACCUCUUCUGAUACAAUGUACAGUCCGUCAACGAAUGAGACCUUGAGCAAUAGCAAAGAUUAUGAGUUUCGUGUUGUUGCUUCAAACUGUGUUGGUAGUACAGAGUCCAAGAUCUGCAGUGUAACAGGAAGCUCGCGGCGUGUGAUUGAAGAGGAAAUGAUUGACUUCUUUCAAGAUGUGCUAAUGAGUAUGGAAGACCAGAAUGUAACAGGCUAUGUACAAGAUCUGACAUGGAGUGAUAGAGAAGAUGGUCGUGGUAACAUGCACGACAACAUGGAAAGGAUGACUUCCCGUCUGCAGAUCUAACACCAUCAGGAGUUUUGGGGUGGCUCACCGACAAAAACAUGCACCUAUUAAUGGAGAAAAGUUAAGAAUCUGAGUUCAUUUUGAUCAUGAUUGUAUGUCAUGUAAUACCAUGCAUAAAAUCUGUUUCUCAUCAUUUAGGAUCAUGUGGCAGAGACAUUACAUUACCAGUUGAGCAUAUGAAAACAAGUGAAGAUUUCAAGCACGUUUUCAUGAUUGCCUACUGUAAGGGUCAGAGUUUUGGGAAAAAAUGAAACUUGUCAUUCUAAAUCAGUAUCACCUUAUCAGUAAUUGAUUAUUAUAGAAUGGUUACUUUUUUGUUUGAUUCACCCCAAUAGCACCUUUUGAUUUUACUUCUUUCAAAAUUAUGUACUUACUAAACGCUUGUUAGUGAGGAAACAUUUACUAUACACUUUGUCAAUUUUUAUGUUAGCAGAUAAAUGUGAUUGCUACCUACAGAA